AUGGUACCACUUGAUGAGGGUUUUGCCUCGGUUUUGCCCGCCGACUCGGCCUAUGUGACUAUCAUCCGAGAUCCUGGCACCAUGUUCGAGUCCACUUACACCUACCUUCAGUAUCAGCACAGGUACGGUGUCCCACUGACCGGCUUCCUGGAGAACCCGAGCCACUACUACGAACCCAACGGUGGCAAAAACCAUGCCAAAGACUCCAUGCUCUACGAUCUCGGGCUGGAGGAGCAGUUCAAGACCAACGCCGCCGAAGUCGACCGGAAAAUCCAGCGCAUCUCCACCGAGUUUGACCUGGUGAUGAUGACGGAGCACUUCUCCGAGUCCCUGAUACUCCUCAAAGAGCUCAUGUGUUGGGACUUCCAGGAUAUCGCUUACUUCAAGAUGAACGCCCGCAGCCCUUCAUCGGUGAAAAGCGUUAGCGACGAGACCAUGAAGAAGAUCAGGAAAUGGAAUGACGGUGACACAAAACUUUACAAUUACUUCAAUAGGACAUUCUGGGAUAAGGUUCAUGCCUUCGGGGAGGAACGUAUGCGCAGGGAAGUCGCCAAACUCGAAGAGAUGAACAAGAUGAUGAAGGAUCGGUGCAUCGACAAAGUGAUCACCAAUGACCAACAUGUGUGGCACCCAUCAGGUAUCGCGGUAGAAAGCUUCAAGCUGAAACCUUCAGUAGAACAUGAUGAAGACUGCCAGAUGAUGGCCAAGACAGAGCUUCCUUUUACUGCCUAUGUCCGACAAAGGCAGCUUGCUAAGUACUUUGGGCACAAAGCGCCCGUGCUUUGAUGACGGCUGAAAUAGGCAAAUCAAAUCAUGACAUGGACAUGAAUUUAAUGUAAUUUCGAGAAGUAUUAUGCCUUGCAAUAUGACAGCAACUUUUCAAAAUGAUGUCAUGAAUGAUGUCAUUAUUCUUUUAUUAUCAUUCUUGAAUGGUAUAUAGGGGAUUUGUCCUAGAACCUUAGAAAGUGAUUUUAGAUUCGCCUGUUGACAUACAUGUAGUUGGGGACGUCAUUUCAAGGCACUGCCCUUACAGCGAAUGUCACAUCCUGUCCCUCGUUCGCUAUCGAAGUCAAGACCAUGAUAAAAGAAGUGUCCGAAAUCUUGCAAGAACUUGAUUUUGCGUGAGUGAUGUCAUCACUAGCCGAAUUCUCUUAGCUGUAUGUGCCAAGUGCAACUUUGAGGCUUUUCAUCUACAGUCAUUAGAGUCACUCGACUAUUCCUGAUAAUCAUGUCACGGAAUGGUUAUCAUACAUGUAGUUAUUACUUUUGCUAUUAUUAUUUGACCCUUUGCUUUUAUUGACCAGUGGUCAACCACUAACUUGAUUACUGGUUCAAACCAAGCUGAUAUUCUUACUAUUAUCCAUUACCGAGGCUGUCUCCGGAGAAGUAUUUUAUGAACUGUUAAAAGCUACUAAAAUCCUUGCACGCCAUUGGCUCAGAGCACAUUUUUAUCCCAAUAUAUAUAUAAAGAGGCAUUAUUUAUUACUGAGGCUGUCUUUGGAAGAGCAUUUCACAAAGCAUCUUCUCAGCAACCUUCCCUGAACUCUGUUGUAAGCUACUGAAAUCCUUGCUCGUGAUUGGCUGAGAGCAAAAUUGCCUGGGGAAAUCACUGCCAGUGUGGCUCACGAAAUGCUCUCAUGUAUCAUUGCUGAAGAUUUGUAGCCAGGUGGCAUGUAUAUGACGUUGAGGUUUAUGUUGGUUCACCAAAGCGGGGCCCUGUAUUAUAAGGCAUGGCGAUUGAUCGUGAGUCUAAUUUUCACGAUCGAUUGCAUUGAAUAUUGCGUUUGAUCAAUCGUGCAAAUCAGCCUCCACGAAACCAUUGUUUCAAACCGUGGAUUCAAAGCCACAUUUCUAAAAGGCCCUUCAUGAAUGAGGACCAAAUACUGUGCUUGAAGUUGCAAAUUUUUCUUGUCCUGCCCGAUAUUGUGACAUUGUUCUGAAUAGAAAAUUAGAGUCUAGAGAACUGACCUUAUUAGUCAAGGGACUGCCAUAUGUAGGAGAUGGCCAAUGUUUUAAAGCAAUAAAGAUUUUUAAAAUGAGAUGCAAUUGUAGCAUUAACAUAGUAGAAUUUUACUAUUUAGGCAGUACAUGUACAUGUAGAUAGCAUUGUAAGAGUUUUUAAAGUGGGAAAUCCUCUCUUCAUAAUACAUUUGGAUGCUUAUAACUUAUUUGAUAUUUAUUUUGAAAGCAAUAAUGGUUUAUGGAGAUUUCUUUAAUAUUUUUGGCGAACAGGAAUAAGUUAUGGAUUCAUUCUUGUGUAUUUAAUCUGAAAGAGGAGUGAACCGACCAUUAGGUAUUGAGCCCAACGCUAAUCUAAAAAGGACUAUUUGCUAGUUCAGGGCAUUCGCUCAGUAUUUAGGUGACUAAUUCCCACCCAGGCCCCCCCCCCCCCCCCGCGCAUACCCGAAAUUCUAGAUUUCUCUAACUAUGGAAAUACCUAUACAAAUAUAUCCUUGCUUUAUCAUUAACUUUUUUCUACAUUUAGGGGGCUUAAUCACUCUCAGGCCCCAUAUAUAUUGGAAAGUGUCCCAUUUUAAUACUCAAAAUCCUAUAUUUCUUUAACCAUGAAAAUAUCAACACAAAUUGCUCUAACCAUAAAGUACAAUUUAACUAUUUAUAUAUAAAUACCAAAUAAUGUGAGGGACCUUGUUCCGCAUUUGCAUACUACAUGUAAAUCACACUCGGACCCUCAUGUAUUUUAAAAAUUUACACGUACAUAUACAUGUAAAAUAAAGCGAGUUUUGACAGCAGCUUGACAAGUGGCAAUAUGCUUGAUUGGACAUUGUGUAUUAUAAAAACCUUUUUUAUAUUUCUUUUCAUAUUUAUUUGAAUAUUAUACAACGCAAAAUUCAAGAUGUAACGAUUUUCAAGAGUGAAUCUCACGAAAGGGUUUUGAAUUGGGUGAUUGUUGUCAGAAGCUAGCAUACUCUAGCAUUAUGUAUUAUGAUAAACUGUUUUAGAUUUAUUUUCUAUGUAUUUUUAUAUUUUCAAUGCCAAAUAAAAAAGAAAAUUCAGAGUGCAGCUCAUGGAAUGGUUCUGAAUUGGGCAUUUGUUAUCAGAAGCAUACUUUAAUAUUGGGUAUUAUUGAUUUCCUUUUAAUAUUCACUUGAAUUAUCAUACAACUUAAAAUUGAAAAUUCAGGCAAUAUUUAGAGUGAACCUCAACAUUGUCUUGAAUUGGGCGAUUGUUGUCACAAGCACACUCUAACAUUACAUAUCAUAACAAACUUUUACAGAUUAUUUUUCAUAUUUAUUUUAAUAUCAUAAAAUGCAAAAUUCAAGGUUCAACAAUUUUCAGAAUGAACUCAAGAAACGGUUCUUAAUUAGGCGAUUGUUGUCAGACUCUUAACAUUACUUAUGAUAAUAAACUAUUAUUGAUUCUUUUUCAUAAUUUUAAAAACUAUUUUUCAAUGCAAGAUUAAAAAUUUAAUUGAUUUUAGAGUGAAAUUCAUGAAAGGGUUUUUAAUUGAGCGAUCAAUGUCAAGACCAUACUCUAUCAUCAUCUUCAAAACAUGUUGAUAUAUGAUAAUUGUAGUACAUGUAAUAAUAAUUAUUGAUAAUAAUAAUAUUCAAUUUUUAUAAAUUAUCGCUUUAAAUAGGUAGAAUGAGAAAAAAAGAGAAAGAAAAGAGAGAAAAAACCAAAACAAUCAUAUUCAACCUAAAUACAUCAUUAUACAAAUUUGAGACUGAAUUUGGAAAAUUACUAAUGCAUUGAGUAGUACAUGUAGUAGGAAAAUUUGAAUUUAUCUUGCUGAAGCAUUCUUCCUAAGUGCAUCCCACUUCCGUGCAUGUACAGUACGUUGCCUUGGCUGCAUUGAUUCGUUUGCAAUGAACAUCAGGUACAUCUUGAUAUGGCGAUAUAUAUAUCUAUUGUAUGAAUUUACUGUACAUGUGUCUCUAUGGUUAUGUGUGUACACACACCCACAUCAAGCUCUGGCGACAACAAAGGGUUCACUGAAAACUAAUCAAUGUCAUUCAAUAUACCCUGAACAUGUUUUUAUAGGAAGAAGUCUUCAGCUUAAUUAAUUUCCGUUCUUGGAGAUGCCCAAGGUCAAUAUUCAAAAGUCGGCAUAUAUCGGUUGUUUAGAGUAAUGUUUUACCGUGAGUUAUUCAUUUCAUUUCAUUUACUAGUAACUUAAUUUUGUUAGUUUCAUUUUCAACUAAGCAUAGCUAUGAACACAAUAAUGAACUGUAGAAGCAGAAGGAUUUGGGAUGAAACAUAUUCACUCCUUGGCAAUUGUUUGACUUUAAUAUUCAACAUCACGUUUUAACUUGGGAUUCUCUUUGUCCCAAAAUGCAAUAGCAAGUGGGGAAGAGAUUUCGUCCAUGCGGGGUCCUCGCUGUGGAAUUCUUUUCCCGCGAGAGAUCAGCAAAAGCCAUUCUGUGGAAAUGAUUAAUAUCAAACUACAUGUAAGACUAUCAGUCAGUAUGUAAAAUAAUUUGCUGUAUUGUCUCUCCUCAUUUCUUUAUUUUUUCAUAUCACUUGCGGACCCUGGGGGAUGUUUCACAAAGAUCUAAGUAUGACUUAAGUCGCACUUAUAUGCUGACGUGUACAUGAUAUGCGACGCGCGAUCUUAUUGAUAGAUACGCAGUAGUGCGCGUCCUCAUGACACGAUCUGACUAAUGCGGUCAAGCCUUACAUACCAUACGCAGCUCGAUAUAUAAGUACGAGUCUAAGUCAUACUUAAAUAUUUGUGAAACACCCCCCUGGACAUUUUACUUGAUAUGGAAUUGGCACCCUAUAUUGUAUAAAUUACAUUAUCAACAUUAUCAUUUAUCAGUAUCUUAUCCAAUCCAAAGGACGUUUUAUAUAGUGCCUUUUCCUUCGUUUACAAAGCACUGCACGCACACUAUAUACUCUAGACAUGUAAUAUUGUGACAGCAAUUUCUCGGACCAGAUUGCGCAAACAUGUGACAUGUAGCUCUUCCAUGUCGACCUUCUCCAAAGAUGAACCAUUGUACAUUGUCCGAAAAGAUGUGCCUAAGGCACAGUUAACUCCAUCCAUCUAACGUAGUAUAUUUGUGUGCAAUCUUCUCCGAUUCUCUGCCAAAUAAGGAAAAAAAAAGGGGAAUGAAACCCCUUCUUGUUUGCGUUUCAAGAACCUAAAUGCCAAAGACAACUCUGAAACGUGCUGAUAUGGACAAUAGAAGAGAUGUGUGCUGAAAGUAUUGAUUUCAUGCUGGUUUUAUAUUUCAUAUAUUUUUUGAUACUCGGACUUAUCUGUGUUGUAUAAGUAAAAAUUCAGAUCUGUAUAUAUGAACUGACUAAAUCCAUGGUUCCUGUUGUAACGAUUCAUAGCCAGCUUGGGGCUCGUAACACAAAGCUUAGCAAUCAUUGUAGAACUUCUCUUUUUUACGAUUGAUUGCAUUGACUACAAUGUACAAUUAAUCGUGAAAAUGAAGUGUACAAUUAAUCGCUAAUUUUUGUAUCACAGGACCCGGGGUUUUGUUAUGUGGAGGCGUUGUGGUCUAGUGGUUAUGACUCCCGUCUUUCAAUCAGAGGGACGUGGGUUCGAUUUCCAGCCAUGGCGUGUUUUCCUUUAGCAAGAAAUGUACCCACAUUGUGCUGCACUCAACCCAGGUGAGGAGAAAGGUUACCUGGUAGUUCUGCCGCAUUACUGUAGAGUGUUUAGAGACUUUUGAGAAAUAAGUGUUAAGCGAUAUAUUAUCAAGUAUUAUUAUAUUAUUCUUUAAUAGAGGAAAGUAUGAGUGACAGUGACUUCAUGGAAGGUCUGAAUAGACGCUUUUAGGAGUGUAACUUUUACAGAUUCUUUUAUAAAUGUGUUUAAAAUAAUGAAUUUUUUUGUUGGAUGUAGUUGAAAAGAUAAUGUCGGUAAAUGUAAAGUAAGCAUUGAUGUUGUCUACACCAUCGUGUAUGAACAGAGGCUGAGAAAAUAUGGAUUAUGUUACUGUAUUUGGGAUUUGAACCCAAGUCCCUGUGUUUCAAAGUCCGGACACUUCUCCACUGGGCCACUCCAAUGUAAGUCGAAAUGUAUACAGUGCAGUCAAACCUGUCUACUGUGGCCACCCAUGGGAAACAGAAUAAAAAAUGGCCAUUGUAGACAGGUGACCUUCAUGGGCAGGUUCUAAACACAUUUUCCUUUCAAAUUGGAGAGGAUUCAGGUGGCCACUAAAGACAGGUUGCUAGUUGUCACUGCAGACAGAUGCACUGUAAAACUCCGGUGUUGAUUUAACACCAGCCCAGAAUCUAUAUAUGUCUACACCAGAGAAGUGUUAGACAACACCAGUUUCCUUUUGGUCUAACACCAGAUAGUUGUUUAUACAACACCAAUUUGUAUUAAAAACAGCAUCGGUUUGAUUCCAAACUGGUGUUGUUUCAAUACUUCUCUGGUGUGGAUAUAUAUAGAUUCCGGGCUGGUGUUAGAUGAACACCGGAGUUUUUGCAGUGUGAUUGCUAAUACAGCAAUGGAACUGUACUCAUGGGAAGUUAAAGGUAAAAGAAAGUAGUUGCAGCAAACAAUUAUUUCACGAGAAAGUCUGUAAAAUCAAGGUUAAUUGUCACCAUAUUAUCAUAUAUCUCUAGAUCUGGUACAUUAAUGUAAAAUUUUCUUUGUGUAAUCAUGAAAUUUUCGCUUGAAACCGAUAAUUCUGAUGAUCACUAACACAGACAAGCAUAUGUGGGAUAGUGUAUUAAUAUUGCUUGGAAAAAUACACAACAUUUGAUAGAACUCCGUGCUUAUUUUGCUAAAUUCUCAGCAAUAACGCAUUUUCUUCCAUAGCCAUUUGGCACCUUUUUAAAUCUAUACUGUACAUACACACACUUUGGUGGUAAUUUCAUUGGAUUCUGUUCGAACUCAUUUUGAGGUCGUUACCACAACUGGUAUUUAACGAUUCAACCCGCGUAAAGGGUAAUGCGCCUAUAUAUAUUUUUUGCAGGAGUUUCUGCAUUUAUUGAAAAGUCAAAAUAAAUUUACAAUACAUAAACAUAAAUACACAAACGUAGCACGACAUUAAAGUACAUUGCAAAGUGACAAAUUUAUAACAGUGUCACAACAAAAAUUUAGACAUGAAUACAAUUUAAGGAUAAGACUAAGUAGUGAAAAACAAUGCAGUGGCAAACAAUAUAAAGCAAAAUAAAUGCUUGAGUAAUAGCAGCCAUGUUGAAUGUAUCGAGUGUAUACAGUCAAGUAAUGAUACUUGAGAUAGUAGUAUAAGCCAGUUCGUAGUUCCACUCUGCGCAUGAUCAGAAGAUUCUACACAUGAUCCGAGGAAGGUCAUUUGUACCAAAGUGACAUGGUGAUUUAAAAUUUAAUGAGAUAAGCACCAACUUCGAUGUCUUGAUUAUAUAUUGAUAUAUAUAUAUUCAUAUAUUCUUUUAAAUUGUGUUUUUCAUUCACAUCCACAAAAGACAAUGCGUCCACGAAUGACUGGUAUUUCACAGUUUACCAAGAACAUUGUACAACCAAAUAUGCAUUCAAAGUAGAAAUGCAACAAAUACCUUCAUAGAGUGUUCAUUGAUGUUCUAUUCUAGUCACCUGGUCUAUUCAAUUUCUUCAUCCCGCUAUGUAAGGCAUGCAUAUGUAAUAUCUUGCUUUGAAAUCUGCCUAUCAUAAUGAAAGAAAUGAAAUGUCAUUUGAACAAAAUUGUCUAUGAAGUAACUACGAACUGGUCUAUUGAGUUAUUUGUUUGAUUACCCAUUUAAAUGUAUGUUGAAAGGUCUCUUUAUUGCCAUCAUAAAUCAAUCGUGGCAUAAUUUUUCAUACUUGUAUGUUGAAAGGUAUCUUUAUUGCCAUCAUACAAAUCAAUCGUGGCGUAUUUUUUUUAUACUCGCUGGAAGAAAAAUUUGAAUGUAUAACGUUAAUCUAAUAAUCUAAAAUGUAUUUUGUAUUAUCAGCAAACAGCAGUUUCAAAAUAGCAGUUAUAAAUAGACUCAUCAUUCUAUGCAUGAUUAUGAAUGCAUGUGGCUUAAUGUUAUGAUAUGUCAAUUUUAUAGUAUAACAAAAUACAUGCAUCAUUAUCAUAAUGUCAUGUGAUACAAAUAUGACCAAAUAGUUAUAUUAAUUGCAUCAGAAUGAGUAAAUGCAUUGGAAUUUGGAGCAGGGGCCAUUUCACAGACACCUACAUGUAAGUAGAUUUGCAAGGAAAAAACAAAUUAAUUGCAAGUCACUUUUUAGGUCUCCAAAUCAGUCAUAUGUUUUGCAAUUAAUUGUUAUUUAGUAGUAUUAACUUACAUGUGGGUCUUUUUUCACAGAGAGUUAAAUGUGAGUAUGUGAGCAUUGCAAGGAAUUUACAAUCGAUUGUAGGUUAACUUUUAGGCUCCCAAAUCAAUCAUAUAUGUUUUUUUGCAAUUAAUUUUAUCUUUGAUUAUAGAGUACCGAAGCGAUGACAGUUGCCAUGGUGCCAUGGCGGCCUGGUUCUAAACAAAUUAACCCGCCGAAUGAAAGCAUGUUUCUCAUGGGAGAAAAUGGCUGCUAUCGGAAUUUGAUCGCUUGCAACCUAUUUUUCAGACGAGCCUAAGUGUACAGAUGAUCAUGAGGUGCGGCUCUGUUUAGAACCAGCCCGCCAUGACACCAUGGCAACUGAUGUCAUACUUCGCUACUCUAUUGUGGCUCUGGUACUUGGAACAAGGAGUAUGAAUCGAAUCAAUACAGAUAAAAUUGAUCUUUCGAUUGUAACUUUGGACUUGAUAAAGCCAUUGAUUGCACAUGCAAGUUUUUUGCAGCACACCCCUCAUCUAUGUGUAGUAUAAAACAUCACUGUAUUGUCCAGAUUUAGGGGCCUCAUACAAAUAUCUAACAAAGAAAUGACAUCAUGCUCUAAAUGCAAUGUGUUAUAAUCAACUCAUUGUGAGAGAGAGAGAGGAAGUCUAUGAAUCUAUUUUAAUACCAAUUACCAAUUAUUGACUCAUUUUGAAAAGGGGGCUUAGCGUGACAACCAGAAUGUGAUAUUAAACAGGGGCCGCGGAACCGGGGGGGGCUGGGGGGCUUCAGCCCCCCCACUUUUUCCCAAAACCGUGUACAAAAACGUAAAAUUGACCAUAUGAUUGUGAUUUUUAGCAUGGUCAGCCCCCCCCCCCCCACUUUUGGCUCAGCCCCCCCACUUUGAAAACCGUUCCGCGGCCCCUGUUAAAGUUAUUGCUUGUACAGACUUGUUGCGGCAAUGGCGGACAACAGAUCUCUGCAACAAGGCUCAGCAAGAAUUUUGUGUACAAAGAUCUAUACCUACAAUGAUGUUGUGGCAAUUAACCUUAAAUUGAUUUUCCAGACUUUCUCAAUGAGUAAUUUUUGCUGCAUCUGCAUUCCUAUUAGCUUUAAACUGUACUCUAAAUUCUUACUGUAAUUAAUCUAAGGUUUAGAUUUUGGCCUCACAAAGCUCUCACAAAAAUAUAUCAUUCCUCCAGCUGAAUAUAUGGCAAAUAAUUGUUAUUUUGUUGCUUUAUCCAAACAAUCUUUUGACCAUCAAAUAUUUUUCAUGAAGACCAAACAUUUACCAUACUUUGGAUCCAUUCCAGCAUGUUUUGCAACUGUGUAUUUCAAAAGAGUGGAAAAGCUAUGAAUUGUCGUUCUGUGUUAAAGAAAAUCAUAUUAUUUUAUCUGGUCUGAUCUGGCCAAUGCAGGAAAUGUGUUCUCUCUCAUACUUGUUGAUGUAUUCGGAUAAUUUGUACAAGGUGCGUUCAGACAUUCUGCAAGAAAACUCUGUGAGUUGUUGGCCCGUAUACUGAUCUUGGGUUUAAUUCAAACUCUGGUCCAAAGUUGUGGUUGAGCCAUGGAAAGUCAGAUGUGAAACAAAGCUAUCAGUAACGUUUUAGGCUCAAUUUCUCGCCUUAUUGGACAGAUAAAUCGUUCAUAAGAAGUAGGAAUAGUAUCUUAGGAUAUUUUUUCACCAUUUAAAGAAGGAGAACAGUAAACAUAAGAAACAUACAAUGAAAUCAGAAUUUUGAUGUUUUUGCUCCCCAUGAUUGUAGCACUAAGUUAGACCAUGAACUGAGCUAAAGUUGACUUCAGAAUACAGCCCUUGUGUACAAAGUCCAUUGGAUGAUAUUCAAAAGAAACAAAUAGGCCCAAAUUCACAAAGGUGGUUUUAAAACCACCAGUAGAACCCAUGGUUUAUGCAGAUAUUCUGUAUAAAUUAUGCUUAUUUACCGCAUAUAUUAAAAAAUGUCCAAUGCUGAUGCACGCUUUUGCCACAGUGCCAUGGUUAAAUAUGCUAUUCUAUUCUAUGAGUCCACUGUUUGAAUAGUGAACUCAUUAAUUCAAAACAGUGGACUCAUGAAUAAAAUAAUGUACUUAACCAUGGCACUGCGGCAAAAGCGUGCAUCAGCAUUGGACUUUUUUUAAUAUAUGCGGUAAAUAAGCAUAAUUUAUACAGGAAAUCUGCAUAAACCAUGGGUUCAACGAUGGUUUUUAAAAACCACCUUUGUGAAUUUGGGCCUUAAUGGUUCAUAUAGUCAAAACUCACUCGUUUUGAUAAGGUGACAAAUAAAGACUGACCAAUCGAAUUCCUUGAUAAGGUUAGCGUAAACUAAUUUGUCCAGAGUCGUGCAGACAAACUUGUGACAUCAUUUAACAUGGCCCAUGAAGUCAUAAUGAAAUAAUUAUGAGUAUAUAUAUAUAUAUAUGUAUCCUGUAUAUAAAAUAGCUAUAUUUGCUUUAUGUAGUGCUUAAUACUUACUAAUCAGAAGGCUCUGAUUGUUCUACAAUAAUACGGCAUACAUUAUGCUAAUUACCCUAGAUUUAGAAUUGUAUGAUUAAUGAUUUAAUAAUUUCAUUAUGCUGUCAUGAGUUUUGGUUGUGACAAUUUGGAUGAUUUUGUGGAGACUUGAAAUGAACAAUAGUGGAAUGAUUUGUUUUAAUAUAUUUGAACACUGAAAAUCAUUCCAUGGCUUUGUUAAACAGUUUCUUAUUGAGGCCAUAGGGGUAACUUCUUUUCACUGCUAUACACUUUUCAAGGAUAUCACUGCGAAAAAUGCUGAAGUUAAAUCAAUUGAAUGAAAUUGAUAUUGUACAUUAUAUAUUUCAGAGUCAUUUAUAACCUACACAAAUUGAAUAUCAUACAAUAACAUUAUUAACAGUAACAUUAUUUCACUGUAAAAACUGUGGUGUUAAAACUGACACCAGUGGGUGUUAAUAGAGGACCACACCCUCUGGUGUUAAAAUUACACCCUAGAGAUUGAAUAUAACACCAAAGAGUGUACAUGUAACAACCAAAGGUGUUGCAACACCUAUAGGUGCUAAACUAACACUGUCAAUUGCCUAUAUUGUAUACAGGUAAUACUCAUGUAACUGAUUUAUUAUGUUCCAUUGAUUUUGUUGUUGUUGUCCUGUUAAGGAAAAGUAUGCCUUUUAUAGAGAAGAUACAGUAUUAAUAAACUUGCUAGUAGUUUCGUGAGGUUUAGACCAAGUGGGUAUUAGACCAAGUGUAGGGUAGACCAAACAGUAAUUAGACCAAAUUGAUAGAAGACCAAAUGGGUUGUAGCCCAAGUUGUAUUAUAGACUAUUUGAUAAGUAGUCCAACUGCAAGUGAAUUUAGAUUGUUCCAGUAUAUAUUGCUAUGUAUGCACUGCCAAUAUACAGAGAAGUAUUAUUACUAUGAAGGAAAUUUGAAGAAACUUUCCUUUUAGUUCAGUUGACGCUUGCAGGUAGUCUUGUUCAUACCUAGACUUGGUCUUCAAUCAAAUGGUCUACUCAGAUAGUCUAAUUCCUCGUAUAUAGACUAAACCCUUUUUGCCCACAAUCAUCUAGGUCUAAUUACCACUUGAUCUAAACGAUUACUUGGUAUAAUACUUUUCCAUCUGUCAUUUUGUCAACAAUUGCUCUCUCAAUAUGUUGAGAGAUUUGUUUUAUUACUGGUAGAUGAUAACUUUCUGAUGUUUGUUUUGCCAUGUGAACGCGAUCUCGAGAGAUGUUUUUUUUUUUUUUGCUGGUGGAUAUUUACGUUCUCUUGUAUUUGCCAGAUGAACUUGAUCUCUCGGUAUUGCAAUUGUUGACUGGCUCUCUUACACAGAAAGAUACAAUCAUUGUUGAUUAUUGACAAUCAUUUAUCAUUUUUAUUCAUGACUUGUGCAAUUUUCUUGUUAUUGGACAGUAUCUGGAGCGGGUAAAUGCAGUCGAUAAUAAUAAUGAUAAUGAUAAUAGUAUUUCAAAGAAAUAUUUGUACACUGGGAUUAUGAAAACGAGUAAUAUAGGGGGAGAUAUCUCGUAUAGCAUCGUAUAUCAUUUGCUAAAUGAGUUCCUUUUGCCCUUUGCUUAUUUUUCUUCCCAUACACGCAUUUGAUACUAAAUGAGUUUUUUGUUCUUUCUUUAUUUUAAACCGUCCAUGCAUUUAGUUCUGCACAAUUUGGCAAAUACAGAAUAUCAGUGACUUCACAGAAUAUUUGAUUUUUUUAUUUCUGCAUUUUGGAUAUCAUGGUUUGAUGGAGUGUAAUGAAAAAAAAAAAUAAAAAAUCUGUUUGAUGGGAAUCUGUUCAAGGGGUCUGUGAUGUGGCCAUGUAAUAUCCUCUUAUUACGCAGUGUUUAAUAUUAAAAGAAGAAGUUUGUUUUGAAUAACCCAAAAUAUAAUGCAAACUAUUUGUGAAGGUUUAGAAUUCUAUGAAAGGAAACCAAAACCCAAGAAGAAGAGAAGCAAUCUUAUUGGAAAGAGUAAGAUGAGAGGAACAAUUUAAAAGAAGUUUCAUCAAAAUCAGUUACGAAAUAAGCAAGUUAUGGACGUUUGCCAAUUUGAGGAUCACCAUAGAAAGUACAACAAGCAUUUUCAAAGUUCCGUAACUCGCUUAUUCUAUAACCGAUUUUGACAAAAACAAGUUGUAGAUUGCUCCUCUCAUUUUAUUCUUUCUGAUAAGAUGAUUUUCUCCUUGUAUUUUGGUUUCCUCUAACAGUCUUAAUCUUGGAUGGAUUUUCCUCAAACCUUCACCAAUAUUAAAAAAAAAUAAUAUGCUAUGUCAGAGAUGCGGCAACUGCAGAUCACCAAUGCAUGCAAGGCGAUUGCUUGAACUUCUAAGAUGGCUGCACGAAGACAGCAGUGCACAAGGUCUAUGUGAAUUUAAUGAUGUACUUGCUUACGUGAGAUUACCCUUAUCUUCCACAUCCUUAUCCCCUUUUCCCCUUCAUUCCAUCUCCUCCCCCCUCCUUUCAUAUGGGAGUAUUCAUUCCAUUAUAUGUAUUGGCCCGUAUUCUGAACUCGGGUUUAAAUUAAACUCUGGUUUUAAGUUGUGGUUUGACUAUGGAAAGCCAGUUAUUGAAUAAAUCUAUAACAGAAGAGGUUCAAUGUAUCAGCUCAUUUGAGUCCCAAAACAUUCUGAACUGCCUGGGAAGGAUAAGUAUGACAGCUGUCGUCACCAUUAAAGAAUCAGUAAAGAGCACAGUAAACAUGAGAAGCAUUCACUGUAAAAAAAAUUUUGAACAGUUUGGCUUCCCAUAAUUUUAGCACAGAGUUAGACCAUGGUCUUAAAGUGAUUGGUUAACAUUGGUUUGACUUUAAAAAAAUCUGAGCUAGAAGGUCACACUUGUCACCUGUGUCUGUGAUAUGUUACAAAAAUGAAGCCCAGGAAAAAUUGCAUUUGAAAAUAAUUAUUUAGUGCUUCAAAAAUUGAAAUAUAAAGUGACCGAAAACACCAUCUUAAUUCCAUCCCAUACACUUAUGUGUACUAUUUAGGCGUCUAUAAGACGCCUAUUUACAAAAUCGGGGUUUGCCCUGUAGUUUUAGCUUUUCAUUCUCAAUAAUGGUUGUUUUGAGGGUUUAUUAGUUCUAAUACAUGCACUUGUACACAUGUUUCAUCUUGGUUUGAGAAUUUUUUUAAUCGGCUGCUCACAAAGUUAAACAAUACCUUUAAGUUAAACCCGACUUCAGAAUACGGGCCAUUGUGUUUAUUUUGUGCUUGGUAAAGGCUGCUUUCUUUUAAUGAAUUUUCACUAAAUUUGUGUAGAAUUCUCGCUGAAUUAUUCGCUGAGGUAUUCUUUUGUAAAUUUUACAAAGCUAGAAAUAUGUAUAUACAGGGUAUGCAUGAGAAACAUUGUUGAUAUUUCAUAUUUAUUGUAAACUUUCAUGUUGUUUAUAGAGUUGUAAUAAUGAUCAAAGAUGAGUUAGUAAUAACCAGGACACAUUGCUAAUAAUUGUGUGUGACAGAAUAUUGUAAUUACAUGUAGUUCUCAUUUAAUCCGCAUGAAAUAAUUAUAUUUGACCUGUAAUAAAUUACUCUUGUGCUUCGA